UGCUCUUAAUACAUCUAUGGUGUGUAGCUGCCUAGCUGUUAGCAUUUAGAGAUGACCAACGAGAAGCAAAACGAAGCUAAAGUUUCCCUGAUGGAAGAAAAUAAAGAAAAUCAAUCAGAUGGAGGACUCGGACUGGAAAUCUUGCAAAUCAUUAAGGAGUCCCAGCAGCAGCAUGGCCUCAGACAUGGAGACUAUCAGAGAUACAGGGGCUACUGCUCCCGUAGACUGCGUCGCCUGCGCAAGACUCUUGGCUUCAAGAUGGGAAACCGACAUAAGUUCAUUGGGAAGAAAAUAACAGUUGAAAUGCUCUCUGACAACAGGUAUUUACUGCUGGUUUUGAUGGAGGCAGAGCGUGCGUGGAGCUACGCCAUGCAGCUGAAGCAGGAGGCCAACACUGAACCACGUAAGCGCUUCCACCUGCUGGCUCGACUCCGCAAAGCUGCCAAGCACAGUGAGAAGCUGGAGAAGUUGUGUGACAGCCACCGUGUUGACGCUAAGACAAAGCUGGAAGCACAGGCCUACACAGCAUACCUGACUGGUAUGGUGGAGUUUGAACUGCAGGAAUGGAAGCUUGCCAUGGAGGCUUUCAACAAAUGCAAGACCAUCUAUGAGAAGCUGGCCAGUGCAUUCACCGAGGAAAUGGCAGUGCUGUACCGCCAGCGUGUGGACGAGAUAUCACCCAACAUCCGCUACUGUGCUUACAACAUUGGUGACCAGAAUGCCAUCAAUGACUUGAUGCAGAUGAGACUGACUGGAGGAGGUGGAGGCAUGAUGGCUGAGAAACUAGAGUCUCUGAUCACUCAGGCAAGAACCAAGCAGGCAGCCACCAUGAGUGAGGUGGAGUGGCGAGGACGGUCUGUGCCCGUCAAGAUCGACAAGGCCCGCAUAUUCUUGUUGGGUCUGGCAGACAACGAGGCUGCCAUUGCUCAGACAGCUAACGAGGAAACCAAAGAGCAUCUGUAUGAGACCUUGCUGGCCGAGUGCAGAGACACCAUCCAGGCUGUGAGAGAGGAGCUCAAAAAUGAGACGAAGCAGCGAGAGAGGAGCUCCGAUGCCGACAAUGGCAAGGUGUCCAACCUGCAGUUCCUGCACAGUUACCUGACCUACAUCAAGCUGUGUACGUUGGUGAAGAGGAACGAGAGCAUGGCUCAUACACUGCAGGCCAAGCUGAAGGAACCUGAAGCCGACGAGAGUAAGAGGGGGCCCCGCCCACAGGACCUCAUCCGCCUCUAUGACAUCAUCCUGCAGAGUCUGGCUGAACUCUCCACCCUGCAGGGUCUGGAGGAUGAUCACACCUUCCAGAAGGAGGUGUCCCUCAAGACACUGGUCUACAAGGCCUACAGAUGUUUCUUUAUAGCUCAGUCUUAUGUGCUGGUGAAGAAGUGGAGUGAGGCUCUGGUGCUGUAUGAGAGGGUGCUGAAAUAUGCCAAGGAGGUUCAGUCUAAGGCCAAGAACCUCAACAACAGCCUCAAGGAUCUCCCUGACGUUCAGGAGCUCAUCGCUGAGGUCAAUGCUGAAAAAUACUCUCUCCAAGCUGCUGCCAUUUUAGACACUGAUGAGACUGUUGAAGUUCCCACUCAGCAGCAGGUGAAAGACAACACGCCCCUCUGCAAACGUCUGGAGACCUUCCGCCUUGACCCUACGCUUGUAGGAAAGAAGCCCAAUCUGGUCCAGUUCCCUCCUGACUUUCAGCCAAUUCCCUGCAAGCCCUUGUUCUUUGACCUUGCACUCAACCACGUGGCCUUCCCGCCCCUGGAUGACAAGGUGGAGCAGAAGGGCAAGGGCGGCCUGACCGGCUACAUCAAGGGCAUCUUUGGCUUUGGCAGCUAAAUUGAGUUCCAGGCUUUGUCAAGGCAUCCUUAGGGGAGCUACAAGGCCCUGAGUUUACCACAAUCAACCAGACUUGGGUCAGUUGUUAGAAUAAUUUCAGUUGCUUUAAUUUUAUUUUUAGUGCCUAAGUGCAAGAUGGGGAGAGUUUGCAGUUCUAAAGAAAGCAGAGGGGGUCUAAUCUUCCAAGAAAGAUUAUAGGAAAGUAAUUGAAUCAAUUUCAUGUUGCAGUCUGACCCAAGUCUACCUGCCACCUUUAGUAAUAACAUCAGGAUGUGUGGAUUCCCUCCUUAAUUUGAGCAAUGGAGGUGUCUCUGUCAUACCAUGCUAUGGUCUUAAUACUAACAACAAAGUCCUCACAGUCCUAUCAAAGUAAACUAAGCCACUUUGGCACAAUUAGAAGUUUUUUCUUUCUUUGUUUCAGUGUUAUGUAAGCGCCUUCAUGUGAUAAUAUCCUUUUAUUUUCCUUAUACAUGAUAUGUUUUCAGCAUUUCUUCAACCUAAAAUUUACAGUGCAGUCUUCUCUUGGCACCUACUUUGACUUAAAAAUGAAAAACAAAGUAGAGCUCAUGAAAUAGAAGAAACUCGAAGUGAUGCGUUUCAGCGAUUGUCAUAUUUUGAAAAGACUUCAGCUGUGUCCCAUUUCUUCCCUUCCAUUUUUCCCUGACUUCUCGUUUUGAUCGAUGGCUCCAUGAACUAACACUUGAGCCCACCUAAUCUCCCUCCACAGUGACGUUUUUCACCAAAGCACUCAUGCCAUGUUUAGGAUGGUAAGAAAUGGUCAAGAAAUGGCUUCAUUGAGAACCGUUUCAAAUUGUCCAAUCC